GAGGAGGGGGAGGAGCUGUCUGCUGGGAUGUCAAGUCUUUCCCCAAGCACUCCCAGUAGUACUCCACAGAGUCCUUCACAGGGUAGCCCCCAGAGUCCUCCUCAGAAUCCUAUCAGCUCCUCCUCCUCCUCUGCCUCAUGGAGCCCAGUCAGUGGAGAGUCCAGCAGCCAGAAAGAGGAGGAUCCAAGUACUUGUCAGGGCCUGUCAGACAGUGACUCCUUGUUCACAAAUACACUAGAUGAAAAGGUGGCUGAGGUAGUGCAGUUCCUGCUUCUCAAAUAUGAAGCAAAGGAGCCUGUAACAGAGGCAGAGAUGCUGAUGAUUGUCCUCAGCUACCAAGACUACUUUCCUAUAAUACUUCAGAAAGCACGGGAGUUCAUGGAGCUUCUUUUUGGCCUUGCCCUGAUAGAAGUGGACCCUGACCACUUAUAUGCAUUUGCAAACACAGUAGACCCCACCGACAAGGGUAGUAGUGAUGACCAGGGCAUGCCUAAGAACAGCCUCCUGGUUCUUAUUCUGAGUAUAAUCUUCAUAAAGGACGGCUGUGCCUGUGAGGAAGUCAUCUGGGAAGUGCUGAAUGCAAUAGGGGUGUAUGCUGGGAGGGAGCACUUCAUCUAUGGGGAGCCCAGGGAGCUUCUCACUAAAGUUUGGGUGCAGGAACAAUACCUGGAAUAUCGGCAGGUGCCCAACACUUCUCCUCCAUAUUAUGACUUCCUAUGGGGUCCGAGAGCCCAUUCAGAAAGCAGCAAGAGGAAAGUACUAGAGUUUUUGGCCAAGCUGAACAGCACUGUCCCAAAUUCCUUUCCAUCCUGGUACAAGGAUGCUUUGAAAAAUGUGGGAGAGAGAGCCCAGGCCAUAAUUUCCACCAAAGAUGAUGCCACUGACAAGGCCAGUGAAAGCCUCAGUGACAUUUAGCAUCCACUCCUCUUUUGAGUGAAGUCUAGGGCAGUUUCUUCCCUCUGGGUUUGAAGAAGGCAGUCGAGGUUCUAGGUAGUGUAGGGCCAGGUUGGGCUCAAGGAACGGUGUUCUUUGCAUUUCAGUCCCAUAUUGGUAAUGUAGAGAUUUUCCUGUUUUUCGGUACUUUUUAAAUGUUCUCCCUUUGAGUAGCAGGUAGUUAGCUUCAGAACCUUCAUUUCUGAAUAUUAGUCACAUAUGUAUUGCUGUUCAUCUGGUUUAAGAGUAACAGUUUGAUAUUUUGCAAACAAAAAAAAAAAAAAAAAGGAAAUACCUUCUCUCUUAUUCUGUGAUCUGUAACAAUAUAGUGUGGUAUUGUAAUACGCAUUUUCUUACAAUGUGCAAUAACUCAGCAGUUAAAUAGUGGAACAAAAUACAGGAUGGUCAAUAUUUGCAUUUCCCUGUCCCACUUGGUGUUUUGUUCUUGAAAAUUAAAGAUGUAUACCUGGCUUUGCUUAGCUUGUUGAAGAAAGCAGCAGAAACUAACUCUCAAUAAAAGAAAGCCGC